AUGUCCAUGGCGACGCGAAUGUCCGCUGCUCGGCAAUUGCUAGAAGCUUUGGAAAGUUUACACAAAGCCGGUAUUGUGCACCGGGAUUUGAACGAGAGCAACUGUAUGUGGCGGAUGGUCCCUCUCCACAAGCUGGACAGAAGUGCCAAAUACGAGGCACUCGGCCGGCCACUAAAGCGAAUCAUACCCUAUGUCGAGCUCUGGAAGCAGGGAGAGCUUGUUCAGCCCAUUGAGGUCCCUGACAAUCUACGCACUGAGGAUUUCUAUCUCGGGGACUUUGGUCUGGCAAUGCAACUUGGCGACCCUAAGGAUCCAAGUUUUGCCUGCGACAUGUGGAGUUACAUGAUCAUCUUCGCGGAGCUUUAUCUUGGCUAUACGCCUUUUCCUACUCACUUUAAAGGUGGAAUAAUAUCUGGUAUUGUCAGAUGUUUGGGUCCACUGCCUGAAAGUUGGAAGGGCCUAACACUCACCCGGGAGGCCUUGAUUCCUGGUAUGAUCAGGGGAUAA